UGUUGUUAACACUAUUUUACACAUUUAUAUUUUAGGUUAUGUUGACUGUUGAAGGACAAGUAAAUUUUAAAACUCUCCAGGACAUGAUAUACAAGGCUGUGAAAGUUCCUCCCGAGAGACAAAAAAUAAGGAUCGGAUUUCCUCCCAAGGAAUUAAAAAGACCUUCAGACUCUGAUAUUAAUGAGCCAAUUCCACUCGCUCACGGAGACAAAAUAUCACUGGAAAUCCUUCCAAUGAUUCAUUCUUUGUCUGAUUCAGGAGCCGAGAGUUCACAUCACGAGCACAAAGCUCUGAAACAUUCCGCCUCUGCUCCUGUCAAACACAAACAAAAAUGGAGCAAUUUUGAAGAGGACAUCCACCAUACACCAGCAUUUGAGCCAUUGCUUCAGAGUUUCCAUGAUCAAGCCGGUAGUAACAGCCUUGAUGCUGCAGUUGCCUCCCUUACCAUCAUGGCUACCCUAAAAGGUCGUGACCUUUGGACACAUGUACAGACCAUGCCUCAUUUAUUUUCUGUGGGUGGAUUAUUCUACAAACAAGUGGAGCGUGACCUAGGAUUAGUAGAUGGCAAACACUGCACAUUACCCACUUUACCUGGAAAGGUAUUCAGAUAUAAUGAGGCAGAGAACAGACUGGAACUGUGUAUGGAACCCUAUGGACAUUUUCAAAUUGAACCUGGGGUGGAGAACAAAGCCCAAGAAUCCAGACCUAUUUUUGGCUCUCAGAGUGAAGGGUCAUUUAGUGCAUUCAGUGGAGCAGUUGGAAACAAGAGCAAGCAGACUGCAUUCACAGGUCAAGGACACUCACUGAAAACAAUGCCUGACAUUGAAAAAAUGCCGGAAGACAUCCCAGAAAACUUACACCAACACGUACGCCACUCACACACUCUCUGUAACCCCAAUGUCCACCAAGAGUCCAUUGCUGAGGAGCCAGAGGAUCAGAUGGGAGUUGAUCCAGAGAAAACUAGGGGUGGAGGCGGGAGUGGAGGGGAGGGGUACCAGAGAAUAGGGCCUGGAUACAGUGUUAUCAGUCAUUCUAACGAGAACCAGACAAACAAGUCUGUCCAACAGUUUAAAGACCUUGCAGAGAGCAUUGAAAGAGCAAUGAAUGAGGACAUAUGUAAAAUUGAUGAAGAGAUGGAGAAACUUGAUGAAGAAGAGAGAAAAAGCAGAACAUCUAGCAUCAAUUCUCCACAGAACACAGCAAGCCAAGAGGACAACAUAUUCUUUAAUGAAGACAAAACAGAAUCUACAGCAGAAGAAAAGAUGGAGGUCACAGGAAGUGAGGAAGGGAGACAACCAAUGUCAACCUCAGCAGACGACCAAUCAAUUUCAUGAGUGAUUAAUGAAAGUUGAAUAUGAUUUAACUGGUGGUUAAAACUCAACAAGAUUCCUGUUUACCGGUAUCUAAUUCAAAACUGACUAAUUCAUUUGAAACCUUUUGAUAGUUUCAACAAAAUGUGAGCAAUUACAUGUACAUGUAGGCUCAGUAAUUUAAAUGCUCUAGCUGUUCUAAGCUUUUAAGAUUUAUUGUAUGUAUAUUAAAUUUUACAGCAAUGAGAGAUAAAAAAAAAGAAGUGCUAUUUAAUAUAAAGACAUGUAGAUGUUUGAAAUAUUCAUCAUCUGCAAUAUAUAAAUCUUUGAUCUGCUGUUGAUGUAUCUUUUUUUACUUCUGUAUUUCAGAGCUAAGCACUGAAUGUUAAUUUUUAUGUUCAAUUUUAAAAGUAAUAAUUAAUGAUUAGUACUGUGUGCAUGGCAUAACGAAUGUUUAUUUGCCAAGUUUAGUCUCUCUUACUAGGAAAAAGAAUUAAAAAAUAUUAAUUCUGUUGUAUAAUGCAUGACACGAUUUGUCGGUUGUAUUUCACAUGUGUACAGAAUUACUAUGUCAUUUUCCCCAGAAAAUCACUUCUAUAGUAUAUAAUUAGAAUAGAAGAAAACCAGACCAUUGUAUCUUUGUAGUAUUGUAAUGAUAAUAAUUUUGCAUACAGUAAGUAAUUUGCCAUAAUAAAGUUGUCUUUCAGUUCACACCUUAUAAACUGUAGUGGACAGUGUACACACAAUAACCUACAAACUUAUGUCUGUGAUGUGAAUUUGGAAAGCUAGUUGUAAAUAAAUCAUUUGACAUUGUC